UCCCGGCAACGCGGGAUGGCGGCGGCGGCGGGCGAGCGGGAGUGCCGAGACUACCUGGAGCGGCACCGGAUCCCCGAGCUGCUCCACCGCCUCGCCGCGCUCCUCAUCUACCACCGACCCGAAAAACCACGCGAGUUCCUGAUCCAGGCGCUGGAAAGGGUGAAGGCUGGAAAACGGGCGGAGGGGGAGUACCCCUACCUGAUGGACGAGGCCAACCUGACCGCCAUGUUCGAGUUGCUGGACGUUGUGGGGCAAGGCCACAUCACGGCGGCGCAGUACAGGGAAGCUCUUAAAACUUUGGGACUGAGCACUGAAGAUCUGCAGCUUGGAGAUGAUGCAAACAUCACACUGGACGUAUUCAAGGAAGAAGUGAAGAAAAAGAUGCUGGAGAGCUGGGCUGCGUAUUAGUUUGAGCAUUGGUCUGCUAUAUAUAUAUAUAAAGUGCUCAAUUCUUCUGGUUUGUCAGCUGUGGAUAGCUGACUUUUAGCACUACUCUUUCUCUCAUCUCCACCCUCUCCCCUCCCCUGUUUGAGCAAUCAGCUGAAAAGGAUAAGUGACAAGAACUUGUUCAUGUUUACAGGCACUGCAGGGGGAUAUUUUGAGAAUUGCUUUUUUAUUAGAAUUAGGUAGUUAAAGAAAAACCCUGAGAUCUCUUUUACACAAUAAAAAGAGUGAUUUGGACUUUCCUCCUUCAGCUUGUAGCUUACAGUAAGGGGUUGUUACUUGUUGGCUCAUUACCAUUGAAUAAAAUUAACUUUAAGAGCUGA